UUUGAAAUCAUCAGCACCAUACAUUUGUGAUCAAUUAUACCAAAAGAAUCUUUGUUCUGUCAAUUUAUCUGAAAUAAUAUCCAUUCUGCAUUUGCCUCUUUCAUUCUUAAUCUGUGCAAUCUGUGCACAAUUAACUUUGAUCAACUACAAGACACCACCUUCACUAUCAUUCAUACCAGAAGAAAAAGAAAAAACGAAAAUGAUUGAACUCCAUCUCACAUAUUUUAUUAUACCUACUGGCACAUUUUUUGGGUAUCAAAUUAAUAUACCACAUGUAAUCCUUAUUUCUACGAAUGAAUCAGUCAGUACAUUAUGUACUAAAAUUCGUGAUACCUUGUUAUAUAAGUACAGAAAUGCUUCUUUUAAUCUUCGUGCGGUUGAUGUUGAACGUAGAGAAUAUGUGUAUAUGGAACCUGAAAAAAAAGUUAGUAAUUAUUUCAAUAGCAGACCUCCUGCUGAAAUCACGAUUCAUAUUCUCAUAGAAGAAGCAUAG